CACAGAGAUCAGAGCAUAGAUUUUCCUCCCCCAUAUGUUGUCACAGUCCUUGAUAGAUACAGAAGAGACGUAAGCUUAAGAAGACUACAGGCUCCCACAUCUUGUGGUGGAACAUGUCUAGUGAUAUCAGAGUUACCAGCACGGACAAAUGAACAUCACAUGGCCAGUGGCUUCUCUUCAUACGUGAUAAAGGCCUCAGAUAAAGGAAAUCCAGUAUCUACUUCCAUUGCGAUAAAAUGAACAGUAUUUGGCAUAUGACAGUACAUAUCUGAUGUUAUUAUCAGAUGACAGAUCUAUUACAGAAUGAGCAAAGCUUUGAAUUCUGAUGGGAUGACUGUGGACAUUUCUUCAAACCAAAACCAGAGUACCCCACUGGGAAAGACAGAAACAUCUGGUACCCUGAGACAUCCCUUAGACAAGCUGCAGAAAUUCCUGAAGGGAAACCUAAAAGCACUGGGGGUGGCUCAGAUUAUGAUUGGUGUGAAAUGCAUCUUUUAUGGGAUAAUUGGAUUUCUUCUUCUUGAUUCUGAAACGUACAGAAUCAUUUUCUUCUCGAUUUACACAGGCUUCCCUAUAUGGGGGGCAUUGUCUUUUAUCAUCUCUGGAUCUCUGACUGUUGCGUCUGCCAAGAAGCAAACAAAAUCACUGCUGAGAGGGAAUCUAGGCGCCAACACUCUCAGCACCUUCAUCUCGAUUGCUGGGAUCUGUAUUUUGUCGUACAAUUUAACAAAAAAUAUCCACCAUGAUUGCGAGAAGGAACCUCUCUGUUUGGGCAUCAAAUCAAUUGCAACUGGACUUGUGAUUGUCCUAAUGAUCCUAACUUGUCUGCAAAUUUUAAUUUCACUUCCUCUCUCCAUGCUCAGUUAUAAUGUGGAUGACGAGAAUAUUCACUGGAUUUAUGUAUUGCUUUGCUGGAAAUCACCUUCUGAAGGUCUUUAUCAAGACUUGUUGCCUCAAACUAUAAUAUAUCAAGAACUUGAACGCAAAGAAGAUACACCUUCACGUUAUCCCACAGAUACUAACAAACAAAUAUGAGUCUGCACCUCUGUAUUUUGGAUCCACAGUGAUAGCAAGAAGCUCAUACUGUGGCCACUGAGGCAUGAAUACACACCUGUGAAGAUACAUAAGCAUAGAGUUCAGGGUCACAAAGAGAGCAACUAGCAUUUAUAACAUUGAGAUUUUGGUUGUUGCCACUUUUUUUGUUAGGGUUGGAUGUCAUCACAGACUAGGUUUAUGCUCUGUUACAAAACUUAACCUUGAAAUAUUGGUGGCUUAACACAUCAGAAGUUCAUUUGCUAUCUACUUUACAUGUUCUUUACUUCACUUUAGAUGCGCACUGAUAUGAGUUCUACCAAAUAGAACAAUAUCUCAAAAAGUUUUUUUUUUUUAAUUUUCUCAAGAUAGGGAAAGAAAAUGUUAGAAGUUGGACCUUUAGCAAUUAGUUGUUCUAGAAAAAGCAAGUGUCACUUUUUGCCACAAUCCUUUAAACAGUCAUCUUCCCAGCACUGUGUGGGAGACAGGAAAUGUAGGCUGACAUCAAGUUAAGAAGCUUAAUUUUUGAUGAAAACCACUGAAGUAAACAUAGAGUUUCCUGAAGUAAUUGUGAAAAUUGUUUGCAUGAAGUCUUUGGUCCAUCAUUUUUACACUCUGUGACUUUGGAUGUGCAUCUUCCCUGACUAAAGAUCAGUUUGCUUAUCUCUCAAAUGGUCUAGCUUGUGCUUACUCAGUUCAGAUUGGGAUAUCUAUCAAGGAAAACAGUUAAUAUAGGUUUAAAAAAAAAUCCCAAACUUUUAACUAUAUGAGGUACUAUAGAUUAUAAUAUUUUAUUAAUAUCAUGUUAGGUUAAUUAUUUAUACUGCAUCAUUCUAAGUACAUUAAGGUUUUCUGAUGAUAUUUUAUGUAAAUAGUCAUAUAUAAAAACUUGUGUUGUUUAAUUGACCCACUGACAAUUAAUCAAAGCAUUACCCCAUUCCUCUUGAAUAAUACAACCAAAACUUUUCAAAGUCUAAUAAAAUUAAUACUAUUUCCCAUGAGAUCAAACAAUUCCAUUCCUGUUCUACAUACUACAGUAGCCACUAUACAUGUAUAGCAAGUUAAAUUUAAAUUAUUUAAAUCUUUUAAAAUUUAAAGUCUAUUUUCUUAGUCUCAGUAACCAUAUUUCAAGUGUUCAAUGGCCACUUGUGGCUGGUCCAAAGCAUUUGAAGAAAAAGAUGGAGAAAAUUAAGAGGAUAAAUAGACAAAUACACCAUUAUAUUUGGAGACCUCAACAUAUUUUUGACAGCAACUGGUGUAUCAACCAGGCAGAGAAGUAGUAAAGGUAUAGAUGGUAUAGAUGGCCUGAGCAGCAGUUCAAUCAGGUUGAUCUAAUUGACAUUUAUAGACUUCUUCAUCCAACAACAGUACAUUUUUCUCAAAUAUUCAUGGAAUAUUUACCAGUAUUGGUUACUUCCUGUGUUGAAACACAACUCGACAAAUUUAAAGGAAAAGAAAUCAUACAAAAUAUGUUCUCAGAUAAUAAGAGAAUUGUGGUAAGUGGAAAAUUCAAUAUAUUUGGAAAUUAUUAAACAGCAUACUUCUGAAUA